AUGUCAACCCUUACUCCCUCACAGGCUGUAUCUGACCUGCUCCGACAACCAGAUGACCUGCUGAAACUGUCCUCUUACCGAAAGAAACUGCUCAAGGAGAAAUCAACUCUAGACGCCAAAUUACAAUCCGGAGUGAAAGCUCAAUUGGACGCAACGAGAGAUGCAUUGCUAAGAUUGCAAGCGUCGAGAGCGGCUGUAGGGUUGAUAAGGGAAGAGAUGAUGGCUGUGGAAAAGCUGAAAGGAGAGGAUGGAGGUGGAGAGGCUUUUGAGAAGAUAACGAGGGUUUCAACUGUUCAUCGAAAUUUCGCUCAGACUACCAAAAUGGUACAAAACCUAAGAUCAAUGUCAGAUAAAGUAGAUCAUUUAUCGUCCCUAUUAGAUUCUGAUAAAAAUCAAAUUGGUGGAUCAUGCGGUUCAUCACCUAAUCUAUUACCUAUACAUUAUCAAUUACAACAAUUAGAAAGUUUUAGAAAUGAAACGUUACAUCAAGCUAAAAAGAAUCAACAUUCUCAUUCUGUUGAAGAGAGAGACACUUUGAUCAAAUGGUUUGAAAAAUUGGAUAAAGUAGGUCAAGAUUUCGAGAGUUGGUUAUGGGAAAUAUCAAGUAAUAUAGUUGAAUUAGCAAGAAGAGGUAACGGUGGUACUGUUGUUAGAUUAUUAAAAAUCGUUGAAGUCGAAGGUAAAGAAGAUGAAAAAGCGGUGGCAAUGCGAUUAGUAAGAAAAGUAGCUACUCAUGAUGCUGCAUCGAAAUUCAAAUCGAUGCAAGCAAACGCAAGAGUGAUCAAGAACUAUCGUCAUAAGUUAUUGGAUGUAAUGACUAAUACUGUGAAACAAUCGUUUGAGAAUCAUUACCUGGAUAAUCAAUAUGAUAUGUUAGGUUUCAUUGAAGGAUUGGGAUGGAUUUAUAAAGAUAUCAUUCGAAUAAAAGAUGAUGUGGAACCUCUUUUCCCAGAAGAUUAUGAAAUCACACCUUAUCUCGUCAAAGCGUAUCACAAACACCUGAACGACACUAUACGUAAGAUUGUGAGUUCCGCACCUGAAGCGAAAGUCUUACUGGAAUUACACGCUUGGAUAAAAGAAUAUAGGGUAUCAAUGAAAGAGUUAGAGAUUCCUUCGAAAUGGUUACAACCACCUUUAUUAGACGGUAAAUCACAAGAUCUAAUCGAAGAUUACGUUAAAUUGAUAGUCGCUAAACUUGAAGAAUGGACAAUCAAUCUAAUGAAAGAAGAGACUGGUAAAUUCACAUGGAGGACCAGAGAACCUGAACAAUCAGAUGAUGGACAAUUAGGUAUGGAAGGAGUAGUUGAUUUCUUCCAGUUAGUCAAUCAACAAUGUGAUUUAGCAUUAGAUUCCAAUCAAGGUGCGGUCUUGGCUAGAGUAGUAACUGAAUGUGCAAAAGUAAUGAGAAGAGUACAAAAAGAAUGGUUGAAAUUGAUAGCUGAAGAAUCAAGAAAUCAAGUUGAAAAGAAACCUGAGGAAAUCGCAGGUGGUUUGGUUGAAUAUGUCAUCGCAUUAGCGAAUGAUCAGUUAAAAUCUGCUGAUUAUGUCGAAUCAUUAUCUUCAAGAUUAGAGCCUCUUGUGUCUGAGAAAUACAAAUUAACAAUUUCAACUUGUUUGAACGAUGCUAUAGACGGCUAUCUAGACGUAGCUAAAAAAUGUACAUCAAGUUUAGUUGAAUUCGUCUUCAACGAUCUCAAAUUAGUAAUCAAGAAUCUGAUCACACCAGUAUGGUACAGUGAUCAAUUAAUGCCUCAAAUCAUCGAAACCAUGAAAGAUUAUAUGACGGAUUAUCAACAACAUCUGAAUCCAUCCAUAUUUGAGAUUCUAGUCGAAGAUCUAUUAGAUGCGUUCCUGAUAUCCUAUCUGAGUAGUUUGAGAAAAGCGAACGCGAGAUCAUUAAGAAUGCCAAUGGCGAUCCAGAAGAUGAAAUCAGAUAUAGGAAUGGCAUUUGAUUUUUUCGUCAAUUACAAACAACCCAAAGAAUUAGAAGAGAAUAAUUUCGAAAUCAUGGAAAUGAUCAUCGCUAUCAUUCAAUCUUCUCCACAGAUGGUUUUCAUGGAUUAUUGGACUUUUGCCAAGAAACACGGUCCCAAUCUGGUUUUUAUUGAAAAUCUAUUAAGAGCAAGAGAUGAUUUAGAUAAAAUUCAAUUAAAUGAAAUUAUGGAUACAUUAAGAAGGAAAACUAAAGAAGAAGAAAUUACAGAUCCGGAAGAACCCACCAUCAUGAUCAAAGUACAAGGUCAUUCCUCAGGUCUGCUUUCGAAUCUAUCAAAUCUCGCCGGAACCUACGCAAGUAAUUUCUCAACGGGUGGUUUCGCUACAGGCGGUUUCGCAAUGGCAGGCGCAAAUCAUUUCGGUACUUUAAGAUAG